ACAAAAUAUCUACGUCUUUUCACUUUUAUGUACUAGUUUUAUUUUUCCUGUGUUUUGGUUUGAUGAAAUUUUCAUAUACUUUGAACAUUUCAGCGUUUGCUAAUCAAACUUGGAUUAAAAAUGAUUAAAUAGAUGGUCUACAAAGAUACUUUUAUGGACUAAAAAUGACUGAAUAAAUGAUAUACAAAUAUACUUUUAUGGAUUAAAAAUGAUUAAAUAUCUACGAAGAUACUUUGAUUUUAGUCCAAUUUUUUAUUAAAAUUAAUCUACCCCUUCCAUGGUAUAUAACAAGGUCGAGGCGGGCUCAACAAAUCGAAUUUCACUAUUUACGGACAUUGAUUUAUUUUUUGCUAUUACGUUAUUUUUGACAUCAACAAUCCUAUUACUAGUUAAUGAUUUUUCAAUAGUCAAAAGCCUAUUUUUUCGGUGGACAAAUAAACAAAAACCCCAAAAAUUUCGAAGUUUAUUCAAAUUAGUUAAUGAUUUUUCCUAUAGGUAAAAGCUUAUUUCCUUGAUAUGUAAUAAAUUAAUAAUAAAGCCAAAGAACCCCGUUCCUAGCUACCAGUAUAUAUAUACACACAUAAACAUCAUUACACAACAAAAAACAAUCAAACAAAGAAAAUAGAUUAACACCUACACCUCUAUUUUACAAACACUGGUAAAUUUUGUUUUGUGAUAUUGACUAUGGCGAAGUUAUCCUUUUCUUAUUUCCUUGUACUUAUGCUCGUGCUCUCAGAUAAUUUCAUAUUUUUUUUUUCCAAAGAUCUUAAAAUGUUGUCAUAUAUACAUAUGAUUUUUAUUUGUGACCAUAACACCGUACUUAACCUUUGUAGCUUUUUUAAUGGUUGAGAGAGUUGAGGGAAAGCAAUGUCGUUUGAUUAUUUACAAAGCAACUGCAUGUUCUCUUAGCGAUUGUCGUUUAAGCUGCUAUACUGGAUAUAAUGGAGUUGGAGAGUGUUUUGAUGAUCCAAAUGUUCCUGGACCUGAUAACUGUGGUUGUCUCUAUAAUUGUUAGAGCUACUAUUUUAUAAUUGAUAUGAUAUUAUAAGUAUUUGAUUUUCUUAUCCGAUAUGAAUAAAUAUUAAAUCUCCA